AUGUCACGUACAACACUCCAUAUCCAAGCAGGAAUAUUCCGCUUCUUUCAAGUAAUAGGAAGUUAUUGCGACCGCUACCUCUCUACCCCUCUCCCUCCUCCCCCAUCUUUCACCCGUCGAAUCAACAGCGCCGUCGGUUCCACUCCCGGUUCUUUCGACCUCUUAUUUUACGCUCCGCCAUCAUAUCAAAAACCCAAAACAAAAUCGGAUUCGGAUUCAAAUUCCAAUCAGCAUUCUGAAACAAAACACCCUCUCCUCAUAGAUUUCCACGGCGGCGGCUAUACAAUAGGCCGCGCAUGUGAUGACGCUCGCUGGUUCGCAGCCGUUCUAGAACAUAAUCCCGACUGCCUCAUCGUAUCCGUAGACUACCGACUCGCACCGUCGUAUCCAUUUCCAGUUGGAAUCGAAGAUUGCGUGUCGGCAGUCUUGUAUCUCUGGGAGAACGCCGAGGAGUUCGGGAUCGAUGUGGACAAGACUUCGUUCUCGGGGUUUAGCUCUGGAGGAAACUUUACUUUUACGGUGGCGAUGAAGCUAUGUGAGCUGCUUAAGGAAAGGAGAGAUAUUGUACGGAAGGGCACGUUGAGAAGUUUGAUUUCCUUCUAUCCGGCUCUCGAUUGGACGAUUUCGAAGGAGCAGAGGAAGGCUUCAAAUGUGAAUUCAAAACCGCUUCCUGUUCCGCCCGGUAUGGGUGGGCUUUAUGAGGGCUCGUAUCUUCAUCCACGACCAGACGAUUUGAGAAAUCCACUUCUGAGUCCUGGACUGGCGAGUGGCGAGAUUUUGAGAGAGACGCUACCGCAUCAUUUGGUCAUUAUUACUUGUUGGGCCGACCCUUUGCUUGCCGAAGCGGAGACUUUCAGGGAGAGGUUGAAAGUGGCGGGGAAGAGGGUUGAAGGAUAUACUGUUCCUGGAGUGGAACAUGGAUGGGAUAAGUGGCCAAGUUGGAGAAGGAGGAAUCAGAAGAGGGAUGAGGCUUAUGAGGUUGCUGCGUUGAGUUUGGGUGAGAGUUGGGCUUGA